AUGGUUAGUAGGUGUAGCAGCGCCGGCGUCGCGGAGAUAACGAGGUACUUUAUAUGCGGCUGGUGCGAGCGCGCGCGUCAGUCCACGUUUGUCACUUCGUCCGCCGCCAUGCCGGCUUGUGCGAUAGAGUACACCCGCCUCGCGCGUUCAAAUUCUGAACUAGUGUUUUCGCCGCGGGUUAAGCGAUGUUCUCACCAGCCGCAGCCCUUUACUGCCCUACGACGCUCAUUCUCUUCGACCUUCUCAUUAAUACCAGAAGAACGCGCCGUCUCACCGGAGAGACCGCCACCGCUCCCACGUAUCAUACGUAUCCUCACGUGGGGACCCAGACUGUGUCUCCGACCGCUGUUGGCGCUGCUCAGCUUCAUAUUGCAUCCGGCGUGGAAACAGAUUUUAGUGGUGCUACCGACGCUGUGGAUUGCCGCUUCUCUGUUUAUAUUUUGGAAGUGUAUCCAGUGUCCACUUGGAAUACUAAAAAUGGUCGGUUCCGCUCUCAGCUCGAAGAAUCCCAAUAAACCUCGCACUGUUCUCAUCAGUGGAGGAAGUUCAGUGCAAGCAUUGCAUUUAGCUAGAAACUUUCACUCUGCCGGGGCCAGGGUGGUCGCUUUUGAGGUAGAAGGACAUUUCGCAUUAUUGAAGUACUCUGCAGCAGUCAAUAGAUUUUAUACGGUGCCGAGACCGAACCCUGCCGAUCCUCUCGCGUACGCGAGGGCGUUAAAAGAGAUCGUCGAUAGAGAGUCUGUGGUGUUUUACGUACCUGUUAGUUCUACGACGCCGGCUUAUUAUGACGCACUGGCGAAGCCGCACCUAGAGGUCAUCGGUUGCCAGUGCUUCGUGCCAUGCGCUCGCGACGUGGUCACUCUAGAUGAUCCUUUAGAGUUGAUACGCGUUUGUCGUGCUGCUGGACUGGCAACUCCACAGUUCCAAGUGGUAACUAGUGAAGAUGAUGUUCGAUUAUGGUACGAAAGCGGUGCGGCGAAAGAAGGUCGAUAUUGUAUUGCAAGUGCUGGAGCUCGAGGUGCAAGAGAUCGGGUGCGGUUUGUGAUGCCUGAUGAUAAGAGUGUUUUCAGAUUUCCAAGAGAAAUAAGUGCUGAAAAACCCUGGGUUAUAGUCAAAGAACCAAAAGGAGAAAAGAUAGUGACUUGUACUACAUUGAAGGAGUCACGUGCAGUCAACAAUGUGAGUUGUCGGGUGGACACCGUACGGAAAGGUUUAGUACCACAAAAAGACGAAGAAGCCGAUGCCUGGGUACAACGAUUCGUCUCUCACCUAGUACCGGCCAGACCCAUGACCGGCCAUGUAUCUUUCAGGCUCGUUCGAGAGGAAUGCACUACGAAUGGUCAUGGCAACAGAUUGGUAGCGAUCGGAGCUCGCGUUGGAGUUUCUUUACCAUACUUAUGCCAAAGUCCAACGCGCUGUGGCCAUACUGCGGCAGUGGGAAAACUAUUGGACACCGUUUUGGAUACACGAGAGGCGUUAUUUGCUUUUUGGGAUCCUCUACCUUAUUGCGCUUACUACCAGUCGCGUUUACCGGAUGAGAGGCGAGCGCUGCCGCCGGAACCGUGCAAAACGCCACCUAACGUGCCUCUUUGA